AUGCAUAAUAAUGUACCGAUUCAACUAUUGACUCUUUGCCUGGUUACUGUUGUCUAUUCCCUUCUCUUGACUGGCCUAACAACCAUUAGAAUGUAUGUUGGUUUAUCUUUAGGAUCGUGUUUAAUUUUAACCAUCUUUGUCGUAAUAGAUUGCUAUCCCGAGAAAAGGUUCUUAGUAUCAACCAAUGACCAUCAGAGAUUUUUCUGUUUUCCACCAAUCAGCUACUGCCAUUUACAAUGUCCGAAUGGCUACACCAACUCGUCGAAUGGCUGUCUUCUUUGUCAGUGUCGAUCUCCAAGCCAGGGCGUAACCUCGGCGCCAUAUCAUCCACAGGCUCCUCAAAGUUAUAUUCCAAAUUCAUUAUCACCCGGAACAUUAACAUCCGGGUCAGCUAAACCCGGAUCACAAACAUCAGGAUCAUUUACAUCCGGGUACAAUAUGUUCACAAAUCCAUGUCAGCCACAGCAGAUGUUCUGCUCCCUUACGUGUCCACACGGCUUCCUUACUGGAAAUAAUGGCUGCCAUUUCUGCUUCUGUGCCUCAGCGCCACACGGUACCAAAGCGCCACCAACGACUACAUCCGGGCCACUCACUCUUCUGAAUAACCCGUGCGUGGCGAGUCAUCACCACUGUGCACUCCAGUGUAACAACGGUUAUUUGAAGGGCCCCUACAACUGUAACUAUUGUCUGUGUAAACCUGACGGCCUCGUUAUCACAGUCAACAAUACAGUGGCUCCAACAAUGACAUCAAAGCCUACCAGCCCUAACCCCACGGGCAUCGUCCUCCCCAACCCUUGCAUCCCAAACCAGCUCCCAUGCGCAAUGUCGUGCGCAAACGGGUUCGUAAAAGGCCCACAGGACUGUCAGUAUUGCUUGUGUGCCCCGUCUACCGUCACAACCACGACAAGACCUACUACAAGCAUUUCAGCUGACGUCAAACCCGCGGUAAGUCAUGAUUCACACAAAAACGCUUCAGUGGCGUCACUUCCGGUUGCAAGUACGAUCAGUCCCGAUGUCGCGAACGAGUGCAUCAUCGCAACGACCAUCUGCCAGCUCAAGUGUUCGGGGGGAUUUAUGAUCGAUCCACAGCAUUGCACUUUCUGUGUUUGUAAGGACGAGAUGUAUAACAAAACGGGAAUUCACAAAUCCGAUGAACCGAUGAUCCUACUGCAAAAUCCAUGUGUGGAGGAAAUGGACUCUUGUAGAAUCUUCUGUAUGACAGGAUACCUACGGGGACCGAAAGAUUGUCAGUACUGCGCAUGUCGACAUUAG